UUAUUUGAACAAGAACAAAUGAAUGAUUUGCUAGCUCAUUUUGUACGUGAACGUAUACCUGAUAGAAUAGUACAUGCAAAAGGAAGUGGUGCACAUGGUACAUUUACCUGUACAACAGAUUAUGCAAAACAAUUUACAACUAUGGAUGUGUUUUCUCAAAUCGGUAAAAAGACUCCAAUUAGUGCUAGAUUUAGUACUGUAGGUGGUGAGAGUGGUUCUUCUGAUCAAGCAAGAGAUCCAAGGUUUGUUAAUAUUAACUAUGUAGCUAGUAUGCCAAUCAUUCUAUGGAUCUUGAAUAAUACACCUAUCUUCUUCAUAAGAGAUCCAGUAAAGUUUCCAAUUUUUUUACAUACUCAAAAACGGAACCCACAAACCAAUUUAAAAGAUCCAAAUCUGUUUUGGGAUUAUCUAGGAGCUAAUCAUGAAGCUGUGGGUCAAUUCUUGAGACUUUUUUCCGAUCUUGGGACUCCAAAAGGGUUUACACAAAUGGAUGCUUGGUCUGGACAUUCAUAUAGAUGGAUUAACCAAGAUGGUUCAUUUGUUUAUGUUAAGAUUUAUGCUAAAUCAAAUCAAGGAAUUCAUAACUUUACUUCUGCUGAAGCAGAAAAUCUUACAACUCAAAACCCAGAUUGGGCUACUGAAGAUUUGUUCAAAAGAAUUGAAACUGGGAAUUUUCCUAGUUGGACGAUGUAUGCUCAAGUUUUAACACCUGAAGAAGCAGAGAGUUUUAAAUACAACGUUUUAGAUUUAACAAAGGAUUGGCCGUUUGAUCUGGUGGAACCUAAAGAAAUUGGGAAAUUCGAAUUGAAUCAAAAUCCAUUGAAUUACUUUGCAGAAGUUGAACAAGCUGCUUAUUCUCCUUCAAAUACUGUGGAAGGUUGGAGAGCAAGUGCAGAUCCAGUUUUACAACAAAGAUUAAUAAGUUAUCCAGAUGCAUCUAGGUACCGUUUGGGACCCAAUUUCGAACAAAUCCCAGUAAAUUGCCCUAUGAAUCCGAUUUGUAAGAGUGGACCCAUGAGCGUUUUAGGAAACCAAGGGAAUCGUGUGAACUAU